UGGUGCCUUCUAGCCAUCCAUUGUUAGCAUGCCAUCUUUCUGUAUGGAGGUUCACUUUUCGCUCUGUGCAUACCUAGGAAGGCCGAUGCCUUCGCAGUUGCGCCUGUUCAAUACCUAACAAACAGGCCAAGCUGAAACCCGAGCUCGAGCAUCUACUUAUUCUUCGUGAUUCACGGUCUCGCUGCACUUCUCCUUUUAAACCCCCACAUCCACAACAACCCCCAUUCCCAGCUUCUUCUAUCUGAAGCAUCCUCCCUCGAGCACUCAAAAUGGGGAGUUGUGCUAACUGUGGCAAGGAUGCAACCGUGGGGUGCCCCCAUUGCAUGGGAGCUCCUGAAUACCGAGACGGAGACGAUGUCACUUCCUUCUGGUGCAGCCCUGAAUGCAAGGCAGCUCACGAGCCAACUCAUCAAGAGUAUUGCUACAACAAGCAACGGCGCAAAACUCUUUUACGUACAGCCAAGCUACUCAAAGCAGCACUUUUGUCGUACAAAGAGGUAGUGUAUGACAUUCAUGUGACAAAAAUCGAACAUGACGAAGAUAACGGAACUCUGGUCCUCACACAUACCCCGAACCGCAUUGAGCGCCAUCCUUUCCCCAGUCACCUCACACGCAUUGAAAAUCACAAAGAAGCUGCUCUUUUGGUAAAUCAGUGUACUAUGUCGAUUUCUCUCCUUGGUCCGAUGGCCAGAAAUCUGUUGGCCGGAAUUGUCUCUCGAAUGGAUGUCGCCGUUGUUGAAAUUCAGAAUCCCCCUUUCCCCGUCAGACUUCACCCUCCCGAUAGCGCCGUAAGCGACAGAGUGUUCCAUACCAUUGUCGAAGCGACGUUGGACUCAUCAGGGGAACGAUGGUUGAUCGACAUCACAGGCUGUCAGUAUGGUUUCCGAGAUAUUCUGCUUCCCCUCGAGAAGUACAUGACACAGAACAACUGCUCCUCCUAUGAGUUGUUACAGCCUUACGGUCACACCGAAACCACCGACCAGGACGAGCUUCCGCGCUCGCCUUUCUUCAUACUCACAGGAGGGCCCAAUGAACGACAGUUGGCAGACAUUGAAAUUGAGAAAGGUUAUCGUCGACACUUCGCCACUCUGGUUCGCGCAUUAUUUUAUCAAGUAUUGACUCAGGGCUCUGAUGCUCACUUUGCAGCCGUUCUCGAUAAUUUGGCCCACAAAGUGAUUACACAUAUGUCAAGUUAUCGACCUCAGAUGGGGGCAUAUCGAGAGAGGACUACACACUAGGAGCUCUCUGCACUUGUAUCUUCAAUACUUCUAUUGAGUUUGACAACUUCGGGUUUGCUUUCUCGGGUUCAGAUGGGUCGGCGGUAACACGCAGGGCUAGUUCCGAUGAUUGGCUGCAUAAGGUAGCCCAAGGCUUACCACGGGGCA